GUUGAGAGAGGAUGAAACGCAGAGAGAGCACGGAUACCGGGCGAGGGAGAGUGUAACGCCUGAUAAGACCGAGCGAUGGUCGCUCUCGCGAGAGUGCGUGAUCCAAGCAACGUACCUUUUCCAUUUUGACAGUUCGUCGUAGUAACGAAGAAAAAGAAAAUAGAAGAGGAUAAUAUCGGAGGAAGAUUAUAAUAUCAAAAUAUCAAAAUAAUUUCACGAACGGAUCAACACGAAUCCGCCAUUAUACAUUGUGCUUCUUUUUUAUUAUUUUGAAACAGAAAACGAGAGCUGGAAAGAGACAGAGACAGGAAUAAAUAGACAGAAAGAGUGGGAGGAUCGCGUGUUCGAAAAUUCGGAGAUUAACUCACUCCGAUAUACUACAGAAACGAAAAAUCAGUGGUACUGUGUAUUUUCAUUGUGAGUGAAGAGUGAGUGCGUGCGUGUAGGUGGGUAGGUGUGUGUGUGUGUGUGUGUGUGUGUGCGCAAGAGAGAGAGAGAGAUUGGUGUCGCGUGUGUGCGUGCGCGUCUCUCUCUCUACGUACAGGUUUUUUCGUACGAGUUUAUACUAUUAUACGUGCUACUACGCGAGCCAUCUACAUAUUCUUCUCUUUCGGUGAAAACUUGGAAGCAACCUGUAGUACGAAGCAAGUCGAAAAAAGAGAGAGAGAAAAAAAAAGAAUAGUAGACAAAGGUGGCCGCCUUUGGUGCCGCCUCGAGGACUGGCUCUCUGUGAUAUAGCUCUUUCUCUGUCUUUCUCUCUCUUGUUCCCCUUCUCUUUCUACUUCUCUUUUAUCCUUCUCUCUCUUUCUCUCUCUCUCUCUCUCUUUCUCCCUCCUUGUUCUUUUCCUUCUCUUCGUCUUUCCCCCUCCCCGUCCUUCUCAUCGCUAUCCGUCUAGCGCACACACGCGCGUUCGACCCUCGAGGGAAGAAGUGGAAGAGAGAAGAAAUAAAAAAAAAGAAUAAAAAGAAAAGGAAAUAAUAAUAAUAAUAAAAAGAAGAAGCAAAAGAGAAGAAGAGGAAGAAGAAGAAGAAGAAGAAGAAGAAGAAGAAGAAGAAGAAGAAGAAGAAGGAAAAGACGAAGAAGUAGAAGAAUGGAGGCGGUAGCGAAGCACGAUUUUACCGCGACAGCCGAGGAUGAGCUUAGCUUUCGCAGGUCUCAAAUCCUUAAGAUUCUUAAUAUGGAGGAUGAUAUGAAUUGGUUCAGAGCCGAAUUAGAUUCCAGAGAAGGACUCAUUCCAAGUAAUUACAUAGAAAUGAGAAAUCACGAUUGGUAUUAUGGAAGGAUAACCAGAGCAGAUGCUGAAAGGCUAUUAAUGAAUAAGCAUGAAGGUGCCUUUCUGAUUAGAAUCAGUGAAAGCUCUCCUGGUGACUUUUCACUAUCCGUAAAAUGUUCAGAUGGUGUGCAACACUUUAAAGUAUUAAGAGAUGCUCAGGGCAAGUUCUUUCUUUGGGUCGUAAAAUUUAAUAGUUUGAAUGAAUUGGUAGAAUAUCAUCGUACAGCAUCGGUAUCACGUUCGCAAGAUGUCAAAUUACGUGAUAUGAUUCCUGAAGAGUGUUUAGUGCAAGCAUUGUACGACUUUGCUCCACAAGAACCUGGCGAAUUGGAGUUCAGGCGAGGAGAUGUAAUUACUGUUACAGACCGUACAGAUCAGCAUUGGUGGCAUGGGGAGAUUGGUAACAGAAGAGGACUAUUUCCAUCGACUUAUGUUACUCCCUAUCACUCCUAGGCCUGAUUUAAUAUAUACAGGUCUCAACUAUUGACCGCCUUAUCCCACCAUCAUUAUAUACAGGAUCAGCCUCGCUGCAAAAUUAAUCCAGAACGUUUUGCGAGCACACCGCCUAUUGAGUGGACUACCAGGAUAUACUCUGGUGGUCCAAAUGUCGAGUAUUUGUAAUAAUACGAUCUCGACAUAAAAUACUAUUUAGUAAGGACCUCUGACCGGUCCCAUUGAGAGAAAACAUUUCUUACAUCCUUAGUAAUCCAUACGAGAGUGUGUAGAGUUCCUUGAUGUAUUACACGACAGGGUAGUGUCCAUAUUGUUUUUAUAUAUCGUUGGAUGGACAAGUUUUAAUCUUCUCUGUGGGACUGAAUAUGCUGCUACCAUUUGAAGUUAACAUUGAUAGAUGUCGUAUGUGUAUCGUAUGUCUCUGCGAUCAAAUAGAAACCAUCGAAUAUUCAUUAAUCACAAACAUUUUGACUUUUUAUUCAAUAUAUAAUAUACCAAGUGCUCUAAGCGUGCAAUCAUUAACUACCAUGUGUUAAUAAAAUCGUAACAUCGACAUAUAUUAUAAAUGAAACUUGAAAUGGUCUUUAGUAUUUCUUGGUAGUCCAUUAAAAUGGUGUUAUACAUCACAGAUAAGCAUUAGUCUUUUUGCAAGCAUGCUCAUUGGCCAUAUUAAAACAAUAAUUAUAUUUCAUGCUAUCUCAGAUAGUAGCUUAGGAGAACUGGGAUUAUAUAAAUCUUGUAUUUUUUAAUACAGAUCCGCUAUUCGAGGAAACGGGGACCUUGGCGAGAAAAGGGCCUAGUUAAAAACAAUUGCAUAAGAAAU